AUGGCGGACAAUAGCGAGUAUAGCGAACCGUUAAUCCCAGCAACGCAACUUUUGUUUGACGAUGAUAUGACCAUACCACCAGCCGCAGGGGAUCUCGACUUGACACAGGCGCCGAAUAUUGGGACCCAAACGGGCCCAACUGAGUCAUGUAUACCGGGAGCAAACAAUUCUGGAACCAGUUUACCGGGUAUCAAGGCAUCUAUAUCCGGAACGGGCGCUUCCGGUUUGGUAUCCAUGGAAACCCACAACACACAAUCGACAGAGAAAGAACCCCAAUCCCAAUCCAUUAUCUCUGGGCCAGUCGUAUCUAAUACCCAGAAAAAAGGUAGAACACCACGUGCACCAAAGAGCAAACAAAAAUCAACAGUGAACGCCAGUAGCGCACAUCAAGCGCAACCAACCAAACCAAAAUCUUCAAAGAAGCGGCGGCGGUCCGAACCAGAACCACCGUCCCCGGAACCCCCUGGCAUUAAUAUUCACAACGCUGAUGAAAACGUAUCAGUGGUGGCAGCAAUAAACAAUCUUGCCGAGCAGAUGAGAGUAAGUCUUGACAGUUUAUCAUCUAGAAUAGUGAAGCUUGAAACUAAUCUCGAGUUAACGAUUAAGACACACGUCCAGAAUGCCAUGUCUCCUGUUGUAAACAAACUUAGAAAGGAAUUCAAUGAGGAACUGAACCAAGUAAAAAGUGACAUGAAAUCUCUACCAGUAAAUAACGCUGUCCCCAAAGAAAGUGAUCAAAAGAAAACUACUGGAUUGGUUUUAAAGAACUUACCGGAACGUAGGGAUGAAAAUACCGUCAACAGCGUAAAUACGUUAAUCAAAGACGGCCUGAAAUUAGAAAUUAAAAUAAAAGAUGCCGAGAGAAAGCGUGCAAAUCAAUCCUCCGAAUGCGAAAUCGUUGUGGUCUCGUGCAACACAAAAGAGGACAAACAUGAAACUAUGAAGUGUAAGGCAACUCUCAAACAAAACGCUACAUACAAAAACAUUUAUAUAGAACAUGACUUAACUCCGGAAGAAAGAAACUCUAUUGCAAACCUGAAGACUAUUGCCAAAGUUAUUGGUAACGAUAAACUCUAUGUUAAAGGCAACCGACUAGUGCAGAGAACACACAAUGAGGAAUCGCGUGACGCUCACGAGUGGCAAGAAGUGCGGCACCACCGAAAGACGUCCCCUCACCAGGUACGCACGAGAUCUGGCAGGUCAGAUCACAGACGCCGAGAUGAAACCUUCACAAGACGUCAUGAUACCGACCGUACUUCGUAUCGCCAUGAGCAUCAGUCGUCACCUGACCGACACGAGACGCGCCAUCGCGACCAUGCGCGUGAUUCAAGCCGCCGCCACCAGGGAUAUCAUGACGGUGAGGACCGAAGAAAUUACACCCACGGUAACCAAGGUUACCAAGGUCGUCACAGAAAUAAUUACCGUCAAUACUAG